AGGAUUUCCACUGCAAUGGAUCGUUGGGAAGGAAAAGUCGCAUUGGUCACUGGAGCGAGUGCCGGAAUCGGCGUAGCAAUUGCGAGAGAGCUUGCGAAAAAUGGCAUGAAAGUGAUUGCCGUCGCACGAAGACUAGAGAAAUUGCAGGAAUUGGUGGCAAAUAUCAAAGGCGAAUACAAAGCCGAUAUUUAUCCAAUGCAAUGCGACGUUCAAAAGGAAGAAGAUAUUCUCAGAGUGUUCAAAUGGGCAAACGAGAAACUAGGCGGUGUUGAUGUAUUGGUUAACAAUGCUGGCGUGGUACAUCCUGAGCCGAUUAUAGAGGGAAAAACAGCAAACUAUCAUCACAUUAUGAACGUAAACGUGAUAGCGGCGACAAUUUGUUCACGGGAAUUAGUACAAUCCUCCAAACGACGCAAAACACCGGCUCACAUCAUUAAUAUCAGCAGUAUAACAGGACAUCAUGCAGAGCUAAUUAAUUUACCAAUGAGUGUCUAUCCUGCCAGUAAAUAUGCUCUUACUGGCAUGGCAGCAACUCUACGUAACGAAUUGACAAGCUCAAACCUUGACGUAAAAGUCACGAACAUCAGCCCCGGAGGAGUAGAGACGGAUAUGGUAAUGAAUUUUGAAUCCUAUAUUAAAGAGCAUGAUGCAGGUCUUCUACUAGCUAAAGAUAUUGCAGAUAUGGUAGUUUGUGUUUUAAGUACACCACACCACGUGCAGAUAUGUGAAAUGAUUGUCGUAUCGCAUAAACCUUCAACUAAAGCUUCACCGUUGGUGUUUAAUAAAUAAUUGUACCGUGCAUGUUUUUCUAUGAAAGUGUGAAAAACAUAAAAUGAUGAAAACUUUAUGAGAACAAUUUACAAAAUGGGUGUAUGCGAAAUCAAACGAUAUAUGUAACAUAAAAGAAACACAUCGAUAACACUGGUCAACACUGAUUUUGUUGCAAAAAACCUAUGCUACAUGACUUCACAGUAUUGUCACAUGGUUUUUUGUUUCAUAACAUUAAAGUUUAAAGUUCAAGCUUUAAUUUGAGCCCACAUAGAGUAUUCUAUCACGUCCCCGUUCCUUUGUGACAGAGGUUCAAAAAGUGCCAAAAACAGGUUUUUUUUAACUAUGUGACCUCAUUUUUCUCAAAAACGUAACGUGAUGGAACAUUUUGGGUUUCAGAUUUGUAAUCUACAGGAAAAAUCCUAUCGAAAUGACCUGGCAUUCCUUUUGUGACAUAAAAAUGGUCGAAAAUUGUUGACCAGUGUAAUCAGUCUAUUUAGUUGUCCUUCGCGCAUAUAUAAUAUAUAAUAUAUACGCAUUCAUUAUAUAUGUAUAUGUAUAUAUCAUUAUGUAUGAUAAGAUAUUUCCACCGUUCUGUAUGAUAAGAAAAUGCGCCGUUGCAUAUUAUAUGAAUAUAAAUGAAUCAUGAUAACGUGCAAUAAUAUUAUUACAAUCAAAAGUCGAUGAAAAGACAUUAGUAAAUAAUAACGGACCUUAAGAAAUAAAAGUAAAAAAGGAUAAUUAAGAAAUUCUUUCAUAAGGAUCACUUGUCACGAUUUAAGAAAUUAACAACAGGAAAUAAAGUAUAUUUUUACUUC